GCUUCAUUUGACAGUCAAAGAAAAAUCAGAUAACUCUUCACAUCAACGGGAAUUGAAUUUAAUUUACACCAGAUCUUUACACUUUCAAUCAACGCAGUUUUCGCGUAGAAUUCGUGAAAUCAAAAUGUUGAAUAACAUUAAGUGACGUUAGGCAUUAUUCCCAAUUUACUAAAAUCACUUUAAUCAAUUCUGCAAAAGUGAAUUAAGAAUAGCAUGGAUUUCGAUAAGAUUUGUCGGUUUUGCUGCAAAAGUAAACACCGUCUACACUUGAUUCAUACGGCAUAUGAUUUUGACUCGCUGCAGCGAUUAUGUAGUGAUAUUUUGCGAUUUCAGAUCUCAGUCGACGAUGGAUUACCACAAAAGCUGUGUGAAAUGUGUCGAUCUACAUUGACCAAAAUGCAGGAACAAAUCGAUACCUUUCGAGACAACGACCGUAUGCUUCGAUUGCACAAGUGUGAGGAAUUAACGCAAGUCGACAUUAAAGCGAAUGUUUUCGGUAUUGAAGAAAUUAAAGAAGCACCCACUCAUGAAUUGCAAAUUGAUUUUAUUGAUGCGGAAAACAUAACCCAGUUAGCAGAAAUUGACCAAGAUGUGGAUAGAUUAGCACAAGAUGAAACGAUUGAAGAAGAAUGGAUUCAGUUCGAAUCUGUAAAUCAGCCAGAUACACUUGAAGAAGAAACAUCAUUCCUGGAUAAACGUAGCGAUGAAGUGUCAAGGAAAAAUGGGGAGGUCGUUGCUCAGAAAAUUCCAAGAGGGCGCAACGGUGGACGCCGCAGGACCCGGUUUAAGGAUCCGAAUCGACCACGUUUAAAUGAUUUCAAAUGCUACAUCUGUAAAAGUGACUCAAUGGGUACGCCUGAGGUUUUGCUAGUCCAUCUCGAUUCUCAUUUGAGUGAACUGCCUUACACUUGUACUGAUUGUGUCUUGGAGACCGUUGUUAUCAACAAAGUCUCUACGCUGAACAUUCACAAACGGAUGCACGAGAACCCGCACAAAUGUCCUCACUGUGACAGGCGGUACGUCGACAAAAAGGCAAUCGAUACACAUGUACAAACGUAUCAUCUCGGCGAAAGUGCUCCUUGCCCAUCACCAUGUGAGCAGUGUGGUAAGGUGUGCUCCUCGAAGUCAUCUCUUAAGCAACACAUGAGAUUACACACCAAUGGAUCUACUUGCGAGAUUUGUGGUAAAGUAUUUGCUGAAAAGCAUAAGCUUCGUCGACAUAUUGAACGAAAGCAUGAAAAGCUAAAAAAAUUUGAAUGUCAUUUGUGCCACAAAAAGUUACGCUCCUUAGACUCCGUGAAUGUGCACAUCAAAACAAUGCAUUCGACCACAAAAGUGAAAUGCGAAUACUGCCAUAAAAGCUAUCCUUCGGAAAUUUCCCUCCGUUACCACCUGAAGAAACAUGAGCAGAAUCCAAAUAGCAAGUUCACGUCCGAUUGGAAACAAUAUUACACAUUAUUAGAUGGUGAGGAAGGUACCGCACCAAAAAAUAGGCUGAAGAAAUGCAAUUUAUGUGGGGCCGUAUUGAAGUCCAUUUCGUCACACAUGAACAUGGUUCAUUUUCCAAAACAAUACGGCUGCGAUCUCUGUAACGCGGUUUUCAAGACUGAAACGUUGUUAGAAAUUCAUGUCUUGGAGCAUAAAGAAGGAAAGGCCUAUCGAUGUCCAAUCUGUGACAGAGAAUUUUCUGAGAAAAAGAAUUUAAUUUCACAUCUAAAAACAAAGAAACACCGAGAUCAUCCAUUGGCCAAAUGUCUCGACUGGUUGAAGGCAUCUAGUACAGCAGUAAAGAAAAAUUCGGAUAGCGAAUGAGUUGGCUAAAACAAAAAAAAACAACAAUAGUAUUAGAUAAUGAUUGGGAGACACUUUGUGCAAUUGAGAUAUUGCUUAAAUAUUUCUUUGUAUAAGUAGAAAGGUAUUCGAGAAGUCCUUUAGCCUUCAUCAGCAUUUUAGGGGUGGGGGUCAAAUGGCAUAAUUAGAAGUGUGUAGACUGCAGACUGUUCUGUAAAGGGACUUUCACAUGUAAGUGGGCGGAAGGGUGAAUCGAAUGGUUUUAUGAAUGUUAGGUUUGUUCUUG